GUAGAUAGUCAAAGACUUGAUUGGAACAUGGAAGAAGUUCAAGCAUUGACGAAAGAGGAGGUGCUUGCAGGGCUCACGCAGGAAGAUGUUCAGAGCCUGCUUGAAUCCAGUCAAGUACUCAAGAACACUUUAGAAGCUGCCAAGAACGACAUGCGUAGGCAAACCAUAGACAACUGCGAGUUACAUAUCCAAGAAGCGUUCCAAACUUCCGUGAACAAUGAUUUCUUUAGCAACAUCACAACUCAGGCGAUCGAGGAGCACAAAAAGAAGGCCAAGGUCCAGCUCAAUGCUGAACUUGACGAAAAGUUGCGGCCGUCUAACUUUGCUACUGCAUGUUCCUGGAACGAGGCCGAAGCUGGAGAGUUCAUUAAAAACAACGAGAACGCAAGGGCUGUCGUCAUGCAGGCCAACUUACAACAAAAAGCUCAAUUUGUAAAAGAAGAACGCAUCCGCAUCACAACUCAACUCCAAGCCGAAUUUGAUGAGAAGCUUAAAACUGCUAGAGCCAAGAUGACGAAGGAACUGGAAGCACGCUUUCAGAGAGAGUAUGACAACAAGCUAGAGGAAGCUAAGGAGAGUGCUAAAGAGCAGGCCAUCAAAAGAGUGACAGACACAUAUGAACAGAGGAUCCGGGAAAAGAAUGGGCUGUUGAGACAGAAAGACUCGCAACUGCAGGACUUUGAUAAUGCCUUCACAGCUGUCAAGCAUGCUGUUGGUCUGGGCUCUAUUCGAGGAAUUAAGGAGGUCUUGGAUGAUAUUCCUCGAAUGAGCCACGGUCUAGAACCGGCACGCUCGUUGAAGGAUCGAGAGGUUGAACCAAACUUUGCAUUCUUGAAAAGAUCCAGGGAGGUUGAUGACAUUGGCAGAGAUGCCAGGGGUGACAGCCAGAAGAGAGUGCGUCGAAAUGGAGAGACAAAGUUGUGAACGUUUGAGCAUGUGUAGGAGGGUACAGAAGUUUCUAUGCCUUGUUGGGAGAGACCAUAAGACAAUGUGGGUAGAUAGCUAAUGUGGAGAGCAUGCGGGAGUCAAAUUGUGAUAGUGGCGAGAAAUGUGCGGAUAAUACCAUUAGCCUCAUGGCUUCAUGGCACAUAUCAUCAGCAGAGUCUAAAACGGUCCUGCAUGUAGGUCUUAGAAACCGUG